GUUUGCAGUUUCUCUCUUCCUUGUUGUGAGGGUUUAAUCGAAGCAAUAAGAACGGCACGAUAGAAGARUAUCGGCAAGAAAGAUACGAGUACAGCAGWUUCCAAAGGAAAAAUGACAUCACAGCGCAACAGCAUGCUACGAGGACUGCUCCUUCUUGUCUUGUGUACGACUACGGCCUCUGGGUUCCAGAAAAGUGCGCUUUCCUCGCGGUCGCCGACCUUUGCACAGCCCGCCAAAAGCAACGGCCAAUCAGUGGUCCUGUUUCUGAACACGCCUCCAAACUAUGAUGACAAUGAUUUCGACGCAACGCCCUCGGGUGGAUUCGAUCAACAGCAAGAUCUACCAGCGCAGUCGAUUCCUAAGCUCAAAAUCCCCAAACCUUCCCUCUCCGUUCCAGAAAUCGAUUUCAAGGAAACCCUGAAAAAAAUUGCUGUCUUGGCGGUGACCGUCGGUGCCUUUAUUGCCAUUCAGAAGGGCGGAAUGAUUCUUGCAGAAACAUUUACUCCCGAACUUAGCGAAGAACAGGUUAGAAACUUUGUACUUUGAAGAAAAAUAAACCCUGGACAAAACUAYAGGUAUCAUUUGCCGCGGCUAAACAYUAUGCAUCGUGGUUGUUACUGUUAAUCCAUGAAGCAACAAAUGGCACAUUGCUAUCUCCGAAAAAAACUGGAAUAUCCGGAUAAGYUUAAGUGAUAAAWAUGACAAGCAGAGAGAUGACUAGUUCUAAUUCCUGACGCCAUUCAGGUCGCAACUCUAAAUUAAAUAUUUUGCACACA